CUGAACCAACCUCAUCAUCAAAAAGAAGGGCUUUAUCUAUCAAUCUAUCUAUUUAUCUGUAUAUCCCAAGGAGGGACGGUGGGUUCAAGUUUGUUUGUGCGGGGUGGUUAAGCUGUCAAUCUAUCAAUCAAGGAGAGAGACCAAUCCAUCAAUCAUCGAAGGUUUUUUAAUUUUUAUUAUAAGAUAAAGAGGAAAAAAAAAGGAGAUACUCAAAGAGAUGUCAUCCUCUUCUACUACUGCUGCCUCUACCUUAUCUCAGCUGGACCACUUCCCUCCUUCAGACCAGCUUUGUUAUGUCCACUGCAACCUUUGUGACACUGUCCUCGCUGUGAGUGUUCCUUGCACGAGCUUGUUCAAGACAGUGACCGUGAGAUGUGGGCAUUGCACCAACCUUCUUCCAGUGAUCGUGAACAUGAGAGGACUGCUUCUGCCAUCAGCAAAUCAAUUUCACCUAUCCAACUCUUUCUUCUCUCCUCCUCCGUCGUCUCUUAACCUCCUGGAGGAGAUGCCAAACUCAUCAAAUCACUACUUCUCUGUGCCUCCUGCUCCUAGGGUUGCGGCAGCUGAAGAGCUUCCACGCCCACCCCUCGUAAAUAGACCCCCUGAGAAGAGGCAGAGAGUCCCAUCUGCCUACAAUCGCUUCAUCAAGGACGAGAUCCAACGCAUCAAGUCUGCAAAUCCUGAUAUAACCCACAGAGAAGCCUUCAGCGCAGCUGCCAAGAAUUGGGCCCACUUCCCUCACAUACACUAUGGUCUCAUGCCUGAUCAGACUGUGAAGAAGACAAAUGUGCGCCAGCAGGAAGGAGACGACGACGACGUUCGCAUGAAAAAAGAUGGCCUUUUCAUCUCUUCAGCAAAUCUUGGGGUUCCUCCCUAUUAAUCUACAACUCUACUAUCUGAUGGUGAAGCUCAUGAUCUAUCUGAUGUGGAUAACCAAUGACUAUGAUACUAUAUAUCGUUAGUGCUUAUGGAAUGUGCAUGUAGCUAGCUUGGUAAUUAUUAGCAGAGAACUAUCUUUGUCCCUGAAUUUUCCCAGCUAAUUAACUAUUCAGUUCAUGAUUA